AUGAAGUUCCUACGGGAUCAGUGCCGGGAUCACGCCCCCCGGGACAGCCUGGUGUCGCUGGGCACCUGCUUCGGGAAGUUCACCAAGACGCAGAAGUUCCGGCUGAGCGUGACGGCCCUGGAGUUCCUCGCGCCCUACGCCAAGUACAAGGUGUGGGUGAAGCCCGGCUCGGAGCAGUCCUUCCUCUACGGCAACCACGUCCUGAAGUCGGGCCUGGGCCGCAUCACCGAGAACACGGCGCAGUACCAGGGCGUGGUGGUGUACUCCAUGGCCGACGUCCCGCUGGGCUUUGGGGUGGCCGCCAAGUCCACCCAGGAGUGCCGGAAGGUGGACCCCAUGGCCAUCGUCGUGUUCCACCAGGCCGACGUCGGGGAGUACGUGCGGAGCGAGGACACGCUGACCUAA